AAAACAUUAUAUUUUUAGGAUUUCACCGUACUCCGUUAUUUAAUAAUAUAUUUAUGUUAAAUUGAACACUGUUGCUUUGUUAAAGGCAAAAGUAAUGUUGUUAUACAGUUUAAUGAUCUUUUAUAUCGUACUUAAUUCAUCUUUCAGUAUUAAAAUUGAAGACAUUAGUAAACAUUUAGGUACUAGGACACCUUAUAGAUUCAGGUAUAAUAAAGAAGACUCCAAGAUUAUAUAUCCACGUUGCAAGGAUACCAAAAUAUGGAUGGUAGUGCGACAUGGUACAAGAUUGCCGAGUGCAAAGGAUAUACUAGGUAUGAACACAGUUCUGAAAGAUUUGAAACAUGAAAUAUUGAUGCAACAUAAAAUUGGAAAAGGAUCCUUGAGUUCAGAACAAUUGGAGGAUUUUGAGAAGUGGUCUAACAAUUUAGAAAUUGAAAAAGAAAAGUAUUUGACAUAUGAAGGGCAGAAUGAAAUGAUAUUGCUGGCUGAAAGAACACAAAAGAGAUUUCCCAAUGCUAUAAGAAAAGAAUAUAACAACAAAACCUUUGAGUUUCGAUACACAGCAACACAAAGAGCCCAGCAAAGUGCAAGAUAUUUUACAGUUGGACUAUUUGAUAGAAAAAUAUCUCAACAAGUCGUAUUUGCUCCAGCUACUAAAAUAGAUAUGGUUCUAAGGUUUUAUAAACACUGUGACAAGUGGCAAAAGCAAGUUAAGAAAAAUUCCAGUACUUAUAAGGAACAAAAAAUAUUUGGCAAUAGUGAAUUAAUGAAUAAAACUCUUGAGUCCAUAUCUCAAAGGCUCAGUCUUAAUAGAACAUUGAGUUUAGAUACUGUAGUUCUUAUGUUUAAAAUUUGUGGUUACGAAACCGCGUGGCGGAAAAAUCAUUUAUCACCUUGGUGUUAUGGAUUUGAUCGGAGUGGAGCAGAGGUGUUGGAGUAUUACAUAGAUUUGAAACAUUAUUGGUUGGACGGCUAUGGGUAUAAUUUAACGUCCCAACAAGCUUGUAUGUUGAUGAAGAAUCUCUUUGAGAAAUUCAGUGAAGAUGGACCGAAUGCAACUUUUCUGUUUGCACAUUCGGGUACAUUAUUGAAAUUACUAACUCAUAUAGAAAUGUACAAGACGCGUGCGCUGAAGGCGGAUACUAUGGAUGUACACAGAACUUGGAGAACUUCUAACAUCGACUGCUUUGCUUCUAACUUAGCUUUUGUGCUUUACAAAUGUGAAGACGGUGAUUAUAUAUUGACUCUUCAUCAAGAAAGGAUUAUCAAAUUGCCGAUGUGUGAAAAAGAACUUUGUCCUAUAAAAACUCUGUGGAACUACUUUAAAGAUUCUAUAAACAAUUGUGAUAUAGGAGAUAUUUGUAGACUUGAUUAGUUUAGUUAGUUACAUAAAAGUACUAUCAGGGAAUCUGACGGUGUUCCAAACGAUACCGUCGGUGUAAUGUAUUGUACACAUUGAUAUAGUAACGAAUAGGACACAGCUUUUAAAUGUGUACAAAAAGGUCGCUUUUUAUCUCGUCGUUGCACAACUCAUUACUACACGAUCGGUUACUAGUAAAAGGCAUUUUUCUGUAAGUGGAUUACCGCAGGUUUUCCUAACUGUACAUUUAAUGUAUGUAAUGUAUGUAAUGCAUUAUGUUGAAACCAUUUAUUUUAAUAAUAAAUUCCAGUGUUUAUUUUUAA